AUGGACAUGGCUAGAAGGAUGGCACAUAACGUGUUCCACGGCGUCAACAAUGUUGCCGAUGGAAAGAAGUUCUACGCUGACUCCAAAGAAUUGUUUCGUCAAGCAGGCAUGAACUUGAGAGAAUACGCCAGCAAUUCUUCAGAACUAAACAAGCUUUUUGAAGAAGAAGGUAGAAGUAUGGCGCAAACACAAAAACUUCUCGGCCUCCGAUGGAACACUCUUACCGAUGAACUGUUUAUCAGUCUCCCACGAAAACCACCAGAGCAAACCAAAUGGACGAAACGGAAGGUGCUGAAAGAAGUAGCCAGCAUCUAUGACCCGCUGGGUAUACUCUCACCAGUCACUCUCAUUGGAAAACUCUUUCUUCAGUCACUGUGGAAAUAUGAAGCAGAGAUGGGACGACAUGCGUCCGCAAACGCGUAUUGCGCAGUGGCAUACCUAGUUCAACGCCGUCAAAGUUCUCCUCACAAAGUUUCGAUCUUGAUGGCAAAGUCGAGGCUGGCUCCACUUCAUCAAUCUAUAACCAUACCCCGCCUAGAGUUGUCGGCUCUCACUAUCGGUUCUAAACUGCUUACGUUUCUCUCUACGCAGCUAGACCUGGAGUUGCGUCGAAAGUUUCUGUGGACCGACAGCACUGUUGCCCUUAGGUGGACAAACACUGAUAAAACAGUGCCAGUGUUCGUUCGUAACCGAGUGAAAACGAUUCGAUCACUUACCUCGAUCACUCACGCGGAACUAUCAAAAGAUAUGCCUCAAAAAACGAGUAAUGAGAGUGCAGAACAUGGCUGUCAUCCUGCCAUCUCCUCCAACUCAACACCACCAUUGAACCUGCAUUUGGACACCUUCCGCUUCAGCACAUGGAAUUCCCUGCUAAAAACGGUAUUCUUGAUCCUACGCUUCUUCACCACAAUGUCUCCGAAAGCUGCUUCACUCUUCUUCGGUCGUCAUCAUGCAGUACUCCGUGCAAGAGCCGAACGAGUACUAUUUCGAUUGGCCCAAUCCCAAAAUCCCCCCAGUCCCGAAUUGAUCCGCCAACUCCACUUGUUCCAGUGUCCGAAGACGUACCUUUGGAAAUCUCAAGGACGCAUCGACAAUAGUAAUCUCCAUCAAGAUACUAUCACUCCUCAACAUGUUUAUGGUGAUGAUCCUAUCAUCACUAUCACAAUGUACACAAACAUACAAAGCUCAUUCCAUGAGAAUGUAUGGCGCAUUCGGCCUACCCGCACUUACUCCCUAAGAUUGACAUCUGCGGUACGACUUGGCGUACGGGAUCUAGAGGAAAUCAGGACGUCGAAUGCGGAUAGAUCGACGAUAUGCCAGGAGGUAGGCAACGUUGGUUGUGGUGAUCUCGUACUAAUUGUCGUCGUUGGAGCAGCAGUGGUAUCCACCACUGAAGUCGGCGAUGUCAUACUGCCGUUAGGAGACGACUUUUUGAAGUCACAGCUGCAGAUGGAGACUGUCGGCACG